AUGGCCGAACAUACCCAUUUAAAAGCCGAAAACUUGUUUUCUUGUAAAGGUCUUACCGCUGUCGUCACCGGUGGUGGUACAGGUAUCGGUUUGAUGCAGACUCUCGCUCUAGUCGAGAACGGUGCAAAAGUAUUCAUCACUUCCAGGAAUGAAGAGAAACUACAAGAUGUAGCUAAGAAGUAUAGUGGAGAUGGUACUUCAAGAGGUCAAAUCAUUCCUGUACAAGGUGAUAUAUCCAACAAACAAGGCAUCGAGAAAUUAGUCAAAGAAAUUACAAGUCAAGCUAAAGACGGUAUCAAUGUUCUGUUCAACAACGCUGGUAUUGCCGGUGAAGGAUCCAGAGAAGGUUAUUCAGACGUAAACGCAGAAGACCCCAAUGCAUACAGCCAACAAUUACUUAAGUCUGAAUUCAAAGAAUGGGAUGAUAUUCUCCACACAAACGUCGCUGGUCAAUAUUUCACUGCAGCAGCGUUCAUCCCUCUUCUCAAUGCCGGAGCGAAAACCAACAAGGGAUACGCUUCUCAAAUCGUCAACGUAUCUUCCAUUUCAGGUCUUAUGAAGAGUGCUUCAGGUGGUCAAUUUGCUUACGCAGCAAGUAAAGCUGCUCUCGUCCAAAUGAGCAAAGUCAUGGCUAGGGAAUUCCUUCCUCUCAAGCUCAGAGUCAACCAGAUUGCUCCCGGUAUCUACCCAUCAGAGAUGACAGCGGGAGAAUCUGAUGAAUCAACUCACAAGUCCAGUCUUGAAGACACUGAAAAGGGCAAAGGACUUCCCGCUGGACGACCAGGUAAAGAAGAAGAUAUGGCUGCUGCUACUUUAUACUUGGCAAGUUAUGCUGGUGUCUUCGUCAAUGGUCAAUUCAUCGCUCCUGACGGCGGUGCUACUGUUGCUACCCCAAGCUCCAUCUAA